AUGGAGUAUUCGGCCUUAACAGCAGAAAUAACACUUCGAAGUGUAGUUACUAAGCCGAAUAAGAUAGCAGUUGGGGAAUUAGGAGGUGUUUGGCUCAAACAAUGGUUCGCCGCUUCCAUUUCUCUCCCUCUCUUUCUCUCUCUUAUCUCCUCCUCUCUCUCUGUUGAAUUUCUCCCCCUCUCCGCCGAUCUCACAAGUUAUUCGCUUCAUCUUCAUCAAUUUUCCGAUCAAACGGUUAUUGAAAUGGCACGUCUAGGGAAGAAAAGAAGCGCAAAACAACUUCAGUUAGUAAUUACAAUGGUUAUUGUGGUUUUUAUGAUGUAUUGGGUUUGGUAUUUGACGAGUGUUGCUUCAAUUAGGGGUGCUCAAAUUAGGGAAAGAAAAAAGAAUAAGAGAUUGUUUCGCUCAUUAUUCUUGAAUCAUUUAAUAAGAGAGAGCGAUGUAAAUUGCAAAAGUUUACUUUGUGUUAAUAGACGUACCUUUAGUAUCAUUUGUGAGAUGGUUAGAGAUAUUGGAGGCUUAAGUGGAACUAAAAACAUGUCUCUUCAAGAGAUAGUAGCCAUGUUUUUGUACACAUUAGCUCACCACCAAAAGAAUAGAACUAUAGGAAACCACUUUUUAAGAAGUGGGGAAACCGUGAGUCGACAAUUUAACCUAUGUCUAAGGGCCAUCCUCAAAUUGCAUGAACACUUACUUCACAAGCCCACGGCGAUACCUGAUGAUUGUGAAGAUGAAAGGUGGAAACCUUUCAAGAAUUGCCUAGGAGCUUUAGAUGGCACUUACAUUAAUGUGAGAGUACCUUCACAAGAAAGAGGAAAGUAUCGAACAAGGAAAGGAACUCUUGCUAUGAAUGUAUUGGGUGUUUGUUCGACCAAUAUGGAGUUUAUUUAUGUACUCCCGGAUUGGGAAGGCUCCGCCCAUGAUGUACGAGUCCUUCGCAAUGCUCUCUCUAGGCCAAAUGGUUUUAAGGUACCUCGUGGUAAUUACUAUUUGGUUGAUGCGGGAUAUACCAACUGUCAGGGAUUUCUUGCUCCUUACAGAGGGCAAAGAUAUCACCUUAAAGAAUGGGAGGGAAGACGGCCUGAAAGUGCUGAAGAAUAUUUUAAUAUGAAGCAUGCUAGAGCAAGAAAUGUGGUAGAGAGGUGUUUUGGUUUACUUAAAGGAAGAUGGAGCAUACUUAGGAGUCCCUCAUUUUUUCCCAUUCGCACCCAGGGCCGUAUUGUUAUGGCUUGUUGUUUACUUCAUAAUUUAAUUAGGAGUGUCAUGCCUACAGAUGAUAUAGAGGAAGGUGAGUUGAGUGAAGAUGACUCUGAUGAUGAUGAUGACGAACCGGAAUUUAUAACAAGUGUUAAAACUACGGAUAAAUGGACCAAUUUUAGAAACACAUGA